UUCCACCCCGUGUGAAUGGUGGUGGGAAGGGAGACGUGCACCCACCGCGGCGCUAGCUACCGCUGCGCGUCCGAGCGCUGCUCCACUUCGAGUGGCGCACGCCGCGCCACGGCGAGCCACACUCCCCACUCGGCACCGCACCGGCACGGCGGCGACAUGCUCCCGCUCCUCUCUCCUCCGCGGCUUGGUGCCGCAGCCGCCAACGGCAACGCCAGCGUCGGCGGCACUGCGACGCCCCCGCGGCCGGCCGUCAUCCUCCCAGGGCUCGGGAACAACACGGGCGACUACGCGCGGCUCGCCGCGGCGCUGCGGGACGACCACGGCCUGCCGGCGGCCGUCGUGGCGCGGGUGACGCGCCCCGACUGGCUCCGCAACGCCGCAGGGCUCUUCGACGCCAACUACUGGCGGGGAACGCUCCGCCCGCGCCCCGUGCUCGACUGGUACCUGAAGCGGGUGGACGAAUCGGUGUCUGAGGCGAGGGAACUAUGCGCUUCAGAUGGGAAGAUAUCAUUGAUAGGGCAUUCGGCAGGGGGCUGGCUCGCACGGGUGUACAUGGAAGAGUUUGAUGCUUCUGAUAUAAGUUUACUGCUCACCCUAGGCACCCCUCACUUGCCUCCUCCAAAAGGUGUAUCUGGGGUAAUUGAUCAGACUAGAGGACUACUGAACUACGUCGAGAAGAAUUGCGCUCCAGCUGUAUAUACACCUGAACUGAGAUAUGUGUGCAUUGCUGGAAGGUACAUCCAAGGCGCUCCUCUUCUGGGGAACUCUGCAGUUGCUUCAGAUGAGGUCCUAGCAGUGGACACUCCUUCAGAAGGAGGCGAGGCUGUUAUUAUCAGUACCAAAGACAAAUCUACUCCAUCAAGUGCCACAUGGAGAGCCCGGUUUGUCGGACAAGGGUACAAGCAGGUUUGUGGCCGUGCGGAUGUGUGGGGCGACGGCGUUGUUCCUGAAAUGGCUGCGCAUCUAGAAGGUGCACUGAACAUAAGCUUCGACGGUGUGUACCAUUCGCCUGUAGGUGCUGAUGAUGAACAGAGGCCCUGGUAUGGCUCUCCGGCAAUCCUGAAGCAGUGGGUGCAUCACCUUCUCAGCUGAGCUGACGUACGAGCUAGCUACCCGUGAAGAAUCUGAAGUGUGUUAACGUUGAUAUACCAUCAGACGUGGAGCUUUUUCUCGGCCUGAAAUUGAAGUGUCAUUCCAUCUUGUGUAGAGUCGUUCAUUGGCAAUUUGGCAUGACAGUUACACAGAUCCUGGGCAAUAGAGUGUUUUUGGUUUAUUUACACAAUUUAGCUGCGAUCGUUUGUGCAAAUACAAUGGAUUAGUGGAAUUUGUUACUGUAAAGCAUCGUUCUAUGUACAGAGGCUUCUUGAAUCCUUGGAAUUUUCAGCAAUGCUUGCUGAUUAUAA